AUGGCCGUUAACAAGAAAGAAAAUCAAAAACCUUGUCAAAAAUGUGGCUCAACUAAUAUUGGUCGAGAAAAAACCUACCAAGAUUUUAAAGACACUAAAACAGGAAAAAUAAAGGAAAUUCACACUGCCUACCUCUAUUACUGUAAAGAUUGUGUUAAUAGUUAA